GACAGCUUACGCCGCUCUCUUUCGGUAGUGGAAACGAUAGCUCCCGUUGUGUGAGGGACGCAUUCACAACUCACAUCGCCAACUGCUUUUGCUCGGAUUUAAUUUCGUACUUUUAACGAAAGUUUGCAAGAAGGGCACUCAGUUUGGACUUCACAAGACUGUACGGGGUAUGAAAGUGGAGCGGACGCCUCAAACAAAGUAAAAGAGGAGGUAGACCUGUACGUUUGAUGGCUGCUGGGGAUGGAGCCCAGCUGCCGGCCACAGUAGCGGCCAGUCGGAGCGUGGAGAAAGCACUCGAGGAGGCUGCCGCGAGCGGGGCUCUUAACUUGUCCAACCGAAAAUUGAAGGAGUUUCCCCGGAGCGCCAGGAACUACGACCUGUCCGACAUUACUCAUGCAGAUCUGUCUAAGAAUCGUCUAUGUGAGCUGCCGGAGGAGCUCUGUCAGUUCAUCUCUCUGGAGACACUGAGCCUUUACCACAAUGGGAUGCGUUCACUGUCCUCCAGCCUGGGCAACCUCCAGGCCCUCACCUACCUCAACCUCAGUCGUAAUCUUCUGUCCAGUUUACCCCCAUCGGUGUUUCAGCUCCCCCUCCUGCGAGUGCUCAUCGUCAGCAACAACAAGCUGUGUUCACUGCCUGCCUCCAUAUACUCCCUCACACACCUCCGUCAGCUGGAUGUAAGCUGCAAUGAGCUGCAGUGUUUGCCAGCAGAGCUCGGCCAGCUAGAGUGUCUGAGGGACCUAAACCUGAGGAGAAACCAGCUCACCACUUUGCCUGAAGAAAUAUCCGAGCUACCCCUUGUCCGGCUCGACGUGUCCUGCAACCGUAUUUCCCACGUGCCCUUGUGCUACCGCCACCUCCGCCAUCUCCAGAGCAUCUCACUGGACAACAACCCGCUGCAAAUGCCACCUGCGCAGAUCUGCUCCAAGGGCAAAUACCACAUCUUCAAGUACCUCAACAUGGAGGCCUGCAAGAGGAGCCAGGAGGAGAUGGAGAGACACCUGAGACCCACUGGAUUUAACAGCUGCCUGUCAGAGCAGGAGCUGUUUACAGGCCAGUUCGGGGGGCUGGACUCUGGCUUUAACAGUGUGGAUAGCGGCAGCAAACGGUGGUCUGGGAAUGAGUCAGCAGAUGACUUCUCAGAGCGUUCCCUACGCCUGGCUGAGGUCAGCAGAGACCAGAGGAACCUGGAGGAGGAGGAUGAGGAGGAUGGAUCUCCUCUGGAAGCUAGCAAGGUAAACGGAGAGGCCGAGCAUGUCGACUUCAUUGACAGCAUUGUGACGGAGGAAGAGGAGGAGGAGAUCAGGAUAGAUCCACCCACGCCUACUCUCACAGCCCCUCCUCUGGAGCAGAAGGAGAACUCUUCACCACCACAGGACUCAACAGUAUGCAGGACCAGCCUCCAUAUAGAUGUGGGCCCCGCAACGUCGCCUCCCUCCGCUCCCCUGUCCCCCUCCAGCCCCACCCUGGAGGAGCGGAGGAGGCCGGGCACCCUGCUGAUCUGGCAGGAGAGAGAGCGUCAGCAUCAGCAGAGAGAAAAGGCCAGUUUGCUGAAGUCAUCCACCAAAACAGGAAGUCAUGUGGCUGCUGCACCACCACAGACAGGAAGUGUCUCGGCUGGUGCAUCUCCAGAGAACAACCCCCAGUCAGGCCUCCGGCAGCGAUGUGCAAGUGCUGACCAGAUGUCUCCUUCAACAAUUCUACAUCGCUCCAGCAGCAGAAUAGAUGUCCCGUCCUCCCCGAAGACGUCCCCUCCACCCGGCCAGGCCCAGAAACCCAACAGUUUCCUGUUCCGCACCUCCUCCCGCAGCAACGUCAAACCCGCAGUCUUUACUCUGGGUGAGUCUGGCAGAAGUGAGUCUCGCACGAUGCUGCGAUCCCCUAAAGAGGAGAGACCAGACAUCACACAGCUACGCAAGACUCUGGAGUCUCGGCUGAAGAUCACUCUGCCGGAGGAUCUGGGUGAGGCCUUAUCCAAUGGCACCAUCCUCUGCCAGCUGGUCAAUCACAUUCGACCACGCUCCGUGUCAAUAAUCCACAUUCCCUCUCCAGCAGUGCCUAAACUGAGCUCAGCGAAGUGUCGACUCAACGUGGAGAACUUCAUUGCUGCGUGUCGCAAGCUGGGAGUCCCUGAGACGGACGUGUGUGUGUGCUCUGAUGUGCUUCUAUGUAAGCUGCCCGCUGUGUUACGCUGUGUGACGGCGCUGCUGGCCGCGGAGGGGGGGGAGACGGCGGAGGACCACUCCCCUCGCCACUCCUCACCUUCGCCAUCGUCGUCGUCCUCGCCGCUGUCCACAGAUUUCCUGCUCUUCUACUGCGCCGUCAUGGCUCUGCUCUACAUCCUCUACUGCUACCUGCUCACCUAGAGGACAAACACACAGUACUUAUUUACAUGACUGCUGUCCUGCUCUACAUUACACACUACAACACACACACACAGUCACAGUUGUAGAGUUUGAGGCCAACACACACAGCUGCUCCCACAGUUGUCAUCUCAGACAAUACUCUGCUGUGUGUGCGUGUGUGUGUGUGCGCGCGCUCUCCACAGCUGGUUGGAUGUUCGAGCCAUAUAGAGCCAACAGUUGAGCAUACAGCUUUUAUGAAACAAACAGAAUACACUACAGCUCUUCAUUUAGCAAAACAGAAAGCACUACAUGGACAAAUACUGUAUGAGAGCAGAUGAACAGAGAUAUGCCUUAGCCUAGUUUAGCCUUCACUCUGUAAUGCACAGUGUGUUUGCAGGAGAUGAGUUUAACUGUGAGGCAGAGCUGCUCCACAGUAACAAACUCUCUCAUUGGUUGAGACAUGGAGGGGCGGAGCAAAGGAACCACAACUUUAGUUACAUCUCACUGACCAUUGACUAUAGAGUGCUAAAAAAUGAUAAAAGUGAUGGUGAUUUGUGAAGAUUAUCUUGCUGAACAAAAUGCGUAUCAAACCUUUUGUUGACAACAAAAUGAAAGUUUUUCCAUAAUCCAUGUCCGAUGGCUAUCAAUAAUUGGAUGUAUACAUUAUAACUGGCCAAUGUACAGUGUUACAUUUUGAGAAUGCGCACAACCAACGCUCUACAGCCAGGGUAGCCAUCAAGUGCAUAUGAAGGUGUAGUUAUGGUUACGACUAACAGUUAUUUGAAUUAUCGAUUAAUUGAUUAGGUGUUUGGUCGAUACACUGUCUGAGGACUAAAGAAACCUAAAACAAUUAAGCGAUUAUCAAAAUAUAGUUAAAAGCCAAUUGAUUAGUUUUUGUGUUUACCUGAUACAUGAGUCCAUAAAUUGACUCUCCUUUAAUCUCCAACUCCUGGGAGCUAGUCAAAUGUAUCUGGAAGAGAAAGCAAAAUGAUUGUCCAGACUGUAAACUGUGAUGGACAGACUCUUCCCUGUCAUGAGUCCGUAGUGUAAGCGUUUUAGUGUCUAUAGCGAUAAAUGUCAGGAGGUCAGCCGACUGGUUCAGUUGGCUACCCAGAUGUCCUUGUUAUAUGGCUGGAUUGACUUAUUGUUCCUGCUUGUUUGUCAGCAUCACUGGGUGUGGUUCUUUAGCUCUGCUCACCAAGUUUUAACUCGGGAUGUUUUCUGUGUUUGGAGCAGCUCUACCUCUGAGAAUGCCUCCAGUUUGUGGGCAGAGCGCUCAUCCUGAGAGAGAAACUGUUCAAGUAAGCUGAACUGUGAAUGUGACUAUUAGCCUUGAGACUGACGGUUGGGGAAAUGUGGAAUCUGGAUGUUAGGUGACAUUAUUUCUGAUACAACAAUGUGACAGUGAGACAGAUGAUAUAGUGCCUCUUACUGAACACUGACUGAGAGGCUCUUUUAUGUCUGCUAUGGUAACUGUGAGCAGCAGGGGGCGAUGUCGCUGCAUCGAUCCCCAAACUGACGGUACAAACCCCUCCAGGAGGUUGUGUGUAAGUCUUUUUUGUGGUUGUCACUGGUCCCUUUGACCAGCCGACUCAUGUUUGUAUAAAUGUAAACAGGUUAUUAAAUUAUUGCUUUUUUAUUUAUUUUGGAUUCUGUUCUUGGUUACUUUAGUUUCUGAGGUGAAACAGCAGAGAUAGUUUUGAAGCCUCAUAAAGCUUUGUGAAAUCAAUCCGUAUGCUUUAAAACACACAAACAGGUCAAUUAAAGGUAAUCAAUAUUCAAUUAUUCAGAGUUAAAAUAACAUUGAUUGCUUAAAAGUUUUCCCUUUUAUUGGAUUGGGAAAUAAUUGAUUCCCUCGAGGCUGCACAUUGAACAGAGCAUCAAACGGCCUCUGCUGUUUCUGUCACGCUGCGUUUGGCUUUUUGCUCGUAGGAGGUCAAUGUCUGAGACUAAACACUGAUUGGAAUCUGAUUAGAAUGCUUAAUUGACUGUUUGAGAGCUAAUGUCAAUAGUGAGAUUUUUUGGAUUAUGCUGCUAAAGCCCACAAACUCACAUCAUUUACUGUUUGACUUUUAUCUAGGCCUCUGAAACAACAUUAAAAGCAGAACAACACAUUAAAACUCUCUACUGAAACUAAGUAAUGAAGUAGAAGCAGGGGACCAACUUAACUUGUUCAUAGGGAAUACUCCAGUCAAUCUUCCUCUAACAUUUUGUCACUGAAGAAAUAAGCUAAAAUAUCUUCUUGAGGCUUUUUUCUGCUACUGUGAAACAUACUAUCAGAGGAUAGCAGUAUCUGCAGACUGUGUUGGUCUAACUCUGCUAUUAAGUAUCAGGACUGAUUCUCCUAAAAUAUAAACAUGAAUCAUUUGUGUUAAAUAAAUAAUUGAAGCCAUUAUAAUUAUAAUAUAUUUAUUGGAGGUCAUGGAAGGUUUUUUGCAAUGACACUUAUUUAAUGAGGCUUUUCUAAUGUGUCUUGUGUCAGCACCCCCUGCCUCUGUGACUGCUACCCAGUGUGCCAACACAGUACACAGUCACUAAUGAACCUCCUUUUAUUUAGCUUAGAAAGGCUACAUAUGCUACCUUCUAGCACGCUAACAGGCAAAGCUGGGUUGUCGGCUAGGAUUACUACACAGCAUCAAAGUGAAGAGACGGAGUUAGCAGUGUUAGCUAGCUCCUGUUGGUUUGAGUGACCACAGAGAAGACAACUGAGGAUUAGCCAGUUAGCUGCUAUUAGCACCAGCUCUCUUUGGGCCCAGUGAUAUUGUAAGCUGGUAAACCAACCUAGCUUAUUAGCUGCCUAGCUUGGUGGCACGUGUAGCCUUGUGGAACCAGCCUACAGUUGGUUGAUUCAGAAUGACCUUAGCAUCCUUAUUGCUCUAACUAACAGGAGCCGGUUGUAUCACUGGAAAACACCAAAUAAUUAAACAGACUUAUGAAAUACAGUUCUACAGUGUAAUAACAGAACUCCAUUCAAACUGUGGAUAAAAGAAUCACAGAACCAUAGGAAUACGUUUCAUUAUUUCUGCUUUUUUUUCCUGUUCAAUAUUGAACUCUUUGGGGCCCCACGUUUUAAACAAGCCAUUCUGUGGAAUUUGCAAUCUAGUUUUAUAACUUGAUUUCCUUAUUUAACAAAGUGCACAGCACACUGGUUGUUUUAGUCCACCGUCCAUUUCCUGUCCACUUCUCUGCUGUUGUCUAGAGGUCAGAACGUCCACUGUAAAACCCCUCCCAUGGCUCCAGUUUUUUAUUAGCCUGCUGUUAAGAUGAAAUUUAUACUGUUUCAAUUCAAAUGUAUAUUUUAUAAAUGGAACUGGAUAAGCAACAUACAGUAAUUCAUUCACUGGCUAUAUUCUUAAAUAUGUUAGCGGAACAGAAAGACUUGUAUUUUAUAUUUAUAUGAUACCCUUGUAUUAUUAAGAAUCAUUUUUGAGUUUAUAUAAAUCUAUAUGUAAAGUUCUUUUCCCUGCCGCUGUAAAGAAAUGAUUAAAAAUGAACUUUGACCACG